AUGUUAUUAAGUUUUACAAUGCUUAUAUCAUAUCAAGCAUUUCAUAGUGAAUUAUCUGAAUUGAAUCGUAGUUUUCUAGAAAUUACCGAAAAUUCACGAAAAGGAAUCAAACAAAUUGGUGCAAAAGAAAUAUCUCGACUUAAAUUUAUCUAUCAACGACAUAAUAUAUUAUCAUAUUACAUAAUUUAUCCGGAUAAAGAUGCAUGGAGCCAGGCAUUGUAUUACUAUGCAUUAUUAUCCAUACCAAUCAAUGUAUCAUUAUUAUGUAUUUUAAUUAUUGAACAAUUAACACCACAAAUACGGAUGAUGUUAAUUUUGGUUACAAUUGUACAUGCAUUAACCGGUUUAAUACCAUUUCUUAAUACAGCAAAUGUAUCGAAUAAUUUUCAUCAAAUUAAAGAUUAUAUUUUACCAUUACAAUUUCAGCUAAAACGUCGUCAACAUUUACGUUUAAAAUUAAAAUAUGAUGAUCUUUAUGGUCGAUUAAUGCAUGGAAAGAAAAUAUCCUUUACAUUUGGUUAUCUUGGUGAUUUAACAUUUCGUGGCUUGUUUGAAGCAUUUCUUAGCUAUAUUGUUGCAUUCUUUUUAAUUCUUGGUUUCUAUUUGGAUGAACGACAAAAUAAACAAUCAUUAUAA